AUGGCAUCAAAGGGUUCAUACGCUCUUGGCACUGAUGGAACUGACUUUAAGCACCGUCAACGUGUUGUCUCCACGCACAUGGCUAGCGCUGACGCCAAGUACUACCUGAAACUCACCUUUUACCUGCACCUGAUCCUCUACAUUAUCAUCGUGCUGAAGCUCUCUGAGGACCUUCUGGACCGGGCCGACAUCUUUAUCCUCGAGCUGCAGGAGCUGGAGAUUCCGAAGCCUGACCUGUGGGAGUGGCUGUACGGCCUCUCCUUCUUCGGCAAUCUGCUUGCGCUGCGGGCGAUGCGCACCAACUCUGCCCGCCUUAUCAACCUCUACCAUAUCGCCACGUGGCUCCUCUCCCUGACGCCCCUUCUGCUCGCCCAGACGGCGUACUUUCCCGACUUUGUCACCUUCCUCCAGGAGCGCGACACUGAGAAGGUGCGCUACGUCUGGCGCCAACUGCCCAUCGCCGUCAUCUUCCAGGCCUUCGCCCUGGUCGCCCUCCAGGUGCACCUCAUGCAGGUCUUCUACGCCUACCGACUGUACAAAAUCUGGAGUGCCUACCUGCUGAACCGGUCGCAAACGCAACAGCAACCGCAGUCCACCAACUCCGCCAACUCUGCUCAGGGUAGCAACAGUUUCGGCAGCAAAAAGAUCAACUAA